UCCGUCAUUGUCAUUAUUUGUCAUCACGAAAAAAGUCACAACAAAAAAUUUAUACAUUUUUUCCCAUGGAAUAUUUAUUUUUCUAAGUUUUUUCCAGUUUACUGCUGUAACAGGGAAAAACUAUUUUUAUCUGGCUGUAUGCUUUAGGUUCAAAACUUUCAAUCAAAUCGAGCUCUCACUCUUAGAGGCUGUAGGGAUAACUUUGAUUUUUCAAUUUCUUUGUUGCUCUAUAUCAAAAAUCUAAAAUGAAUAGACUCUUUGGUAAAGCAAAACCUAAAGAGCCUGGUCCAAGCAUUGAUGAUUGUAUAAAAGGAGUUGAUGCUCGAGCCGAAGCAGUCGAGAAGAAAAUCCAAGUUCUUGAAAAUGACUUAAGGAAAUUCAGAGACCAAAUGUCUAAAAUGAGGGAAGGACCAGGAAAGAAUGCAGUUAAAGCCAAGGCUCUAAGAAUAUUGAAACAGAAGAAAAUGUAUGAACAACAGCUUGAUAAUUUGAGAGGUCAAUCUUUCAACAUGGAACAAGCAAACUAUGCAAAUCAAGCAUUGAAAGAUACACAUACUACUGUGGUCGCUAUGAGAGAUGGAAUGGUUCAAAUGAAGAAAGAAUUUAAAAAGAUUAACAUUGAUGAUAUAGAGGAUGUCCAAGAUGAAUUAGCUGAUAUGUUGGAACAAGCAAAUGAAGUACAGGAAGCCCUAGGAAGAACUUACAACACCCCUGAGCUUGAUGAAGAUGAAUUAAAUGCAGAGUUGGAGGCCUUGGGAGAUGAAAUGGCCUUGGACGAUGAUACCAGUUAUUUAGAUAAUGUAUUGAAUGCACCAGAAGCUCCCAGUAACAAACCAGAAGCUGAAUUGAACAAAAACAAGGAUGGCAUACCAGUUGAUGAGUUUGGAUUGCCUCAAAUAUCAAACACUCACUGAACGAUGUUUAGCUACUAAUUUUUUUCAGCUUUUCUAUUUACUAGGACUAGGCUUAAACAUGUAAAUCUUGUGUAUCCACAAGAAUAUUUGAAAAUUGUUACGCGUUGAAUAUAGUUUUUUUGAUUUU